AAUAAAUGAUCAACAAAAUUCAAUUGAUAAAAAUGAUCUUUCAUUACUUGAAUUAUUUCAUAAUACAAUUCCAUAUGAUUUAAAAAUUGAAAUAGGUACACACAUAUUUCAUGCACAUCGACAUAUACUUAUAUUACGUUCGGAUUAUUUUAAAACAUUGUUUGGAAGUCAUUUUAAUGAUUGUACAAAUAAUCAAUUAAAAUUAAAUGAUGAUAUUGAUGUAAAUGCAUUUGAUAUUUUACUUAAAUAUCUUUAUACAAAUCGUAUUGAACAUGUUAUUCAUGAUGGAUCAUUAUUAAUUGAAUUAAGUCAUUUCAUCGUUUCUUAUUCAUGA